AUGUACCUCGAAGAAUUGAUCCUCGAAGGCUUCAAGUCUUAUCCAGUCCGGACGUCGAUCACAGGUUGGGAUCCCUCGUUUUCAGCGGUUACUGGGCUCAAUGGCUCUGGAAAGAGCAACAUCCUCGAUGCAAUUUGCUUUGUACUUGGCCUCACCAAUCUCUCUCAGGUUCGCGCCACUAAUCAACAAGACCUGAUUUACAAGCGUGGUCAAGCUGGUAUCACUCGGGCAAGUGUAACGGCUGUAUUCAACAACUCUGAUCGGAGCAAGAGUCCAGUAGGCCUCGAACAAUGUUCCCAAAUUACCGUCACGAGACAGAUAGCACUCCCUAACGUCUCAAAAUACCUCUUAAAUGGUCACAAAUCGACUCAACAAGCUGUUCAGCUCCUCUUCCAAGGCGUGCAGCUCAAUAUCAACAAUCCGAAUUUCCUCAUCAUGCAGGGAAGGAUCACAAAGGUCCUAAACAUGAGACCGCCGGAGAUACUGGGCCUCAUCGAAGAGGCUGCGGGCACUCGUAUGUACGAGGAGCGAAAGGACAAGGCCAAGAAGACGAUGACAAAGAAAGAAAAACGCGUCCAAGAAAUCACGUCCCUCCUCGAUGAAGAAAUUACGCCCAAACUCGACAAGCUGCGAGAUGAGAAGCGGUCCUUCCUCGCCUACCAGAAACGUUCGACAGAAAUUGAACGGCUCACGCGUCUUUUGAUGGCAUGGGAAUGGAACGAGUCGACAGAACGAGUCAAACGGAAGGAUGCGGAAGUCCAAAAACGAACGGAGCAACUUGCUGCGCAAAAGAGCAAGCUGCAAGCAGAGAAAAAGGCAGCAAUCAAACGACGAGAUAAGGAAAUCGCGAAAGGUGGUCAAUUCCAGAAACUAGAGGCACAGGUUGCAGAGUUUGAGAAGAAGAUUGUCAGUCUCGAUACUCAGGUCGAACUCAAGCAAGCCUCUAUCCGAGAUGAGGAAUCUCGAGCAGCGAAUCUCAAAGAAGCAGCCCUCGAAUUGGAGACGGGAUUGGCUGCGAAAAUAGAAGAAGUAGAAGAGGUUAACAACAAGUACAAUAUGAUGAAGACGCAGCACGACACGUUCCAGCAAAAGUAUCAGAGUAAUCAAGAGCUACUCCAAAGUCUGCAGACAGGUCUCUCCGAUGGUGCCAACAGCUCUGGAGGUGGCUAUCUGGGACAGCUCGCCGAGACGAAGGCACGGAUUGUGCAGGCAGAAACGGAGGAGGAGCAGAUUCGUCGACAAGCGGCACUCGUCGAGAGAGAACUGGCCGAUGCGCAAGGACGAUGGAAGAAAGUAGAAAAGGAAGCGAGUGAUGGCGCGAAGACGAUCGAAAAGGGCAAACAAGAUGUGGAGAAACUCAAGCGUAGUCUUGCUGGGAUGAAUUGGAGUGAUGAAAAGGAGACAAACCUUGCGAGUUCACUCAAGAAGGCUCGCGACGCUCUCAAGGGCCUAACAGAGGCGAGUCACUCCAACUAUUCCAAAUCGACAGCCCUAGAGAUUGCCGCUGGUGGCCGCCUAUACAAUGUCGUCGUGGAGGAUGAGCGGGUGGGGGAACAGAUUCUCCAAAAGGGCAAUCUCAAGAAGCGCGUAACGUUGAUACCGUUAAACAAGAUCAGAGCUUUCACCGCUUCUGCCCAGAAAUUGGCAGCUGCCACCCGGGUUGGCAAGGGAAAGGCCCAGCUUGCUCUUCAACUCAUCGGAUACGAAGAAGAAGUGUCAAACGCCAUGGCCUAUGUCUUCGGAGACGUCCUCAUUUGCGACGACGCAGACACUGCCAAGGCCGUCACCUUCCACCCGGAGAUCAACAUGCGCUCCGUCACUAUUAAUGGGGAUGUGUAUGAUCCAUCUGGUACGAUCAGUGGUGGGAGUGCCCCCCAAAGCUCCGGUUUGCUGCUCAAAGUUCAGGAGCUACACGAAGUCGAGAGGGAACUCCAUCAGGCCAAGGUGGCGUAUCAGAAACUGGAGCAUGAGGAGCAAAAAGCCGAUUCGUUGCGACAAUCAUGGACGAAGGCCAAACGAGAGCUCGAAAUCAAGAGCCAUGAAGUCAAUCUUCUGGAGCAACAAGUGGGUGGAAGUAAUGCAUCAAGAAUUGGCAACGAUAUAAAGGAGCUGGAGAAGAAACUGGCCCAACUCCGUGAGGCCAGUACUACCGCUCAAGCACGACAGAAAGAGGCCGAGCAGGAAUGCAAGAAACUGGAGAAGGAUAUGAAAGAAUUUCACAGUAACAAGGAUGGAAAGUUGAAGCAGCUUAAGGCAGAGGUAGCAAAGCAGAAGACUGAGCUCCAUACGCUCACGGUGCGCUUGAAGGAACAACAGCGCCUUGCUCAGACGUCACAAAUGGAAUUGGAACAAAUGAGAUCAGACAUUGAAGCUGCUCAUGCGUCUGUUAUAGAAGCCAAGGAAGCGACAGCUAUCCAUUGCAGCGAAUUGGAAAAGCUCACAAAGGCUCUUGGUGUGGCAAAGGAAUCGCACGAAGAGGCUUCUUCGCGCCUCCAGGCUGAGCUGGCUGCCUUGACGAGGUUCGACCAAGAGAUCAAAGGUCUUGAUGCUGCUAUCUCGAACAUUAAAGACGCAAUCACGGAGAUGGAGGUUACUAUUAAGAAGACGGAGCAUGAAAUACAGACUGCUCAGAAGGAGCGGGCGUCGUCGGAAGCUCACGUUGCGUCGCUGGAGAAGCACCAUCCCUGGAUCAAAGACGAAAAAAGGCAGUUCGGCAAGCCCGGAACGAUGUACGACUACGGCAGCGUCGACAUUGCUCAGACGAAGGACAAGGCCAAGGAACUGGAAGAACUUCAAAAAGGAAUGAAGAAAAAGAUUAACCCCAAAGUCUUGAACAUGAUCGAUACUGUGGAGAAGAAGGAAUCCGAAUUGAAGAAGAACCUGCAAAUUGUUCUGGGUGAUAAGAAAAAGAUCGAGGAGACCAUCGACCAACUUGACGUUCUGAAGCUUGAAGCACUGGAGAGUACAUGGACCAAAGUUAGCAAGGACUUUGGUGAGAUUUUCGGGGACCUUCUCCCAGGAAACAACGCAAAGCUCCAGUACGCUGAGCCUGGAAAUAUUGCCGCUGGCCUCGAAGUCAAAGUACAACUCGGUUCAAUAUGGAAGCAGAGCCUGACCGAGCUGAGUGGGGGUCAACGAUCUUUGAUCGCUCUCUCGCUUAUCAUGUCGCUUCUCCAGUUCAAGCCUGCGCCCAUGUACAUCUUGGACGAGGUCGACGCGGCAUUGGAUCUCUCUCAUACCCAGCAUAUCGGCGAACUUUUCAAAAAUCGCUUCAAAGGAUCCCAAUUCAUUGUUGUCAGUCUCAAGGAUGGUCUAUUUAACAACGCCAAUGUUCUUUUCCGUACCAAAUUCCGGGAUGGUACCAGUAUCGUGGAGAGAACCACUCAACGAUCCGGAACUGUCACAAUGAACGGCAGAAGUGGCCGUUAG